UCCGAGCUUCUCAUCUCCGGCCGGAUCAGAGCCCCUUUGACUUUCAAUAAUGUCUUGACCGUGUGUGUACACCAUACAUGGCCAAGGUGCCAGCCACGUACACACCGCCGAGGUCAGCGACUCAGUGACACUGGAGAUCUGCCCAUGGAUCUACAUGGCCUUAUGUCUAUAUACUUUUAUGCCAAAAUCGAACUCGUAUAUUCCUCGCUUAUCACGACUGAUAGGCAAACAAGCGAACAAACAAGCUCAAGCUGCAUCUGAGAUUUCCAUCCGAUUGAAUCCCGUGGCCACGGGGAAGGAGUCGUCGGGUGCCUGGCGAGCUCCCACGCUUUGGGUCUGUUUUCUUUUCCGCCCGAAGACAACGCGACAAGGUUUACGGGUUCCUGACAGUAGCGGCUUGGACUACGCCCACUCUGGCAUCUGGAGUCUGUCCCCUGCAUGGGUGGCCCAUGGUAGGCUUGUUUCAUGUCCAGAUCUGGCUGCUGAGUGGCCACCCUCACCCAAGACCUGUGACAGGAGGCUGAAAGGGGCCUGGAGUUACACCGGCCCGCAGACAUCGUCUUCCCCUUUUCCUCUUCCCAAGGCUGCACUGCACGCCAAUCACCUCAUUCUCACGCGCCGCCUUGUCAACCUGGCCUGGCUCUACCGUCCAGGCUAUGCUACCCUGUCUACGCGGCACUUUUGCAUCAGACAGAAUCAAUAUGGCUCAUUCUCCUGCUGUCCGAGCUCAAUGUCACCAGACAUCUUCAAAAGACCAGCACCCUUUCCUAGUCCUUGGUACCUCGUCGACUCGCCAGGCCAGGAUAUCCGUGACACGACCGUCCACCAUGAAACGUGCCAAUUCGCCUCCUGUUCAGAUGGAAAUCGCUCGCUCGGCCCCUCCAGCCCACUUUCUGCUCUCUACCAUAGCCUCCCAGUUUAUAUCUGUUGGUCUUGUCGUUUCAUUGUAUCUCUCUCUUCUCUUUUCCUACACGCAAACUUUCCCUCUUGCGAGCUCUUGACACGUUUGUGCGACACACUGCACCUCAGUCCUUCCUUCGACUUUGACAAGGCUAGCCCUUGUUCUAUUCUCGUCUUUCAUCACUAGAGCUACGCUCGUGGUCAUUCCUUAACCAACCAGCUUUCGCAUUCAUCUAUACAAAACAACACCCCCGGUGGGCUUAUCAUACAUAUCACACUAUCCGAAUCGAUCUCUAUCCAGACUCUAGCAGAAGGAAGCAUACCCGCAUCAAAAUGGUUUCCAGCAUCGUAUCCAUCCUGGUCCUGGCGACUGCCCAG